AUGUCCAAGCGACACCGUUUAGAUUUAGGUGACGAUUACUCGUCGAGUAAAAAAAAGGGGUCCUUUGAUGGGCGUGACCACGACAGGGACAGGGACAGAGACCGUGAUGAACGGCCAAAGGACAGGGACCGUGACCGGGAUCGAAACCGUGACAGAGACGGGGAUGUGAAGUCAUCUGGGGUGCCCAACAACCCUUCUGCAUGCAGUGGAAGCUUCCUUAAGCAAACCCUCCUACAGCAGCAAAUCAACCCUUUCACCAACCUGCCCCACACGCCACGCUAUUAUGAGAUCCUUAAGAAGCGGUUGCAGCUGCCUGUCUUUGAGUACAGAGAGCGCUUCACUGACAUCCUGAUGCGAAACCAGUCUUUUGUGCUGGUGGGAGAGACGGGGUCUGGAAAGACCACACAGAUUCCUCAGUGGUGUGUGGAAAUGGUGCGGUCCAUGCCGGGACCAAAGAGAGCAGUGGCCUGCACCCAGCCCAGGAGGGUGGCGGCCAUGAGCGUAGCUCAGAGGGUGGCUGAUGAGAUGGAUGUCAUACUGGGCCAAGAGGUGGGCUAUUCCAUCAGGUUUGAGGACUGCAGCUCUGCCAAGACUGUACUCAAGUACAUGACAGAUGGAAUGUUGCUGCGGGAGGCCAUGAAUGAUCCCCUGCUGGAGCGCUAUGGUGUCAUCAUCCUGGACGAGGCCCACGAACGCACAUUAGCUACAGACAUCCUUAUGGGGGUCCUCAAGGAGGUGGUCCGCCAGAGGCCUGACCUCAAGGUCAUUGUCAUGAGUGCCACGCUCGAUGCCGGUAAGUUUCAGGUGUACUUUGACAGUUGCCCACUGCUAACCAUCCCCGGACGCACACACCCCGUGGAGAUUUUCUACACCCCGGAACCAGAGCGGGACUACCUAGAGGCGGCCAUCCGGACUGUGAUCCAGAUCCACAUGUGUGAGGAGGAUGAAGGGGACAUUCUGCUCUUUCUCACUGGACAAGAGGAAAUUGACGAAGCCUGCAAGCGAAUCAAGAGAGAGGUUGACGACCUGGGGCCUGAAGUCGGGGAUAUCAAAAUCAUCCCAUUGUACUCCACACUGCCUCCACAGCAGCAGCAGAGGAUCUUUGAGCCACCCCCACCCAAUAAACCAAAUGGUGCCAUCGGAAGGAAGGUCGUCGUGUCAACAAACAUAGCAGAGACAUCCCUUACCAUUGAUGGCGUGGUGUUUGUAAUUGAUCCUGGAUUUGCCAAGCAAAAGGUGUAUAACCCACGUAUUAGAGUGGAAUCCCUUUUGGUUACAGCCAUCAGCAAGGCCUCAGCCCAGCAGAGGGCAGGUCGUGCUGGGCGAACACGCCCAGGAAAGUGUUUCCGCCUUUACACCGAGAAAGCUUACAAAACAGAAAUGCAGGACAACACAUAUCCAGAGAUCCUGAGGUCUAACUUGGGCUCUGUGGUGCUACAGCUGAAGAAGCUGGGUAUUGAUGACCUGGUGCACUUUGACUUCAUGGAUCCACCAGCCCCAGAGACCCUGAUGCGAGCCUUGGAGUUGCUGAACUACCUGGCAGCGCUCAAUGACGACGGCGACCUGACAGAGCUGGGCUCUAUGAUGGCAGAGUUCCCCCUGGACCCCCAGCUGGCCAAGAUGGUCAUUGCCAGCUGUGAAUUCAACUGUUCGAACGAGGUCCUUUCCAUCACUGCCAUGUUGUCAGUCCCACAGUGCUUCGUCCGACCCACGGAAGCUAAGAAGGUGGCUGACGAGUCCAAGAUGCGCUUUGCCCACAUUGACGGAGACCACCUGACCCUGCUCAACGUCUACCACGCCUUUAAACAAAAUCACGACUCCACUCAGUGGUGCUAUGACAAUUUUGUCAACUACCGCUCACUAAUGUCAGCAGACAAUGUCCGGCAGCAGUUGUCCAGGAUCAUGGACCGUUUCAGUCUGCCGCGACGGAGCACAGAGUUCAGCAGCAGAGACUACUACGUCAACAUCCGCCGAGCGCUGGUCACUGGCUUCUUCAUGCAGAUAGCUCACCUGGAGCGCACCGGCCACUACCUGACGGUGAAGGACAACCAAGUCGUACAGCUGCACCCCUCCACUGUGCUGGACCACAAGCCUGAGUGGGUGCUCUACAACGAGUUUGUGCUCACCACCAAGAAUUACAUCCGCACGUGCACUGACAUCAAACCAGAGUGGUUGGUGAAAAUUGCCCCACAGUACUACGAGAUGAGUAACUUCCCCCAGUGUGAAGCUAAGAGACAGUUGGAGCGUAUCACUGCGAAACUCUCAUCCAAGGAAUACACUCAGUACUAAGAAGGUUUGCAUGUGCUGCAGCAGCAUCCUCAGUAUUUGUACAAAGCAAAAUCUGAACUCAUUUGAGCGUUCUAUAUUUUUUUUAUGUCCACCAACAACCUCAUUUUGAAUUCUAUUUUUGUCCCACUGUGUUUAAUGUAUUUUCAUAAUGAUCGAUCAGUUGUGAGGGCCACCUUGUGUCAUUGUUUUUGAAGCCAAGAGGGGAAAGCACUACUUGAAAUGGACUGUAUGACUGGUUAUCAGGAAUAAGUCAUUAACCAUUUCUGUCUGAAUUAUGACUUUUUAUGUAAAUUUCAACAUUCCUUCAUCCAUGAUAACAAAUCCCAUCGUGGGAUUCUUGGCUGGUGUUUUGUUUCUACUGCUAAUACAGCAUUAGUCCAUGAAGAGAAACUUUUGAUCAAAUGUAAUUUAUACUGUAUUUUGAUGCAGGCAUAAUGUAAUGUUCUCUUGUCGUGGAGAUACCAAGAGGGGCACAUUUCCUGUCAACUGUUCAACUUAAUAAA